GGGGGGAGUGAGGGGAGGAGGGGGGUGGAGUGGACAAGGGCGUGGAACCGCCAGCAAACCGCCCAACGUGAACAGGGCACGGCCAUGAUCCGCCCAGAGGAUAGCAUCUCUCGCCAACCCGCCCAAAGCGUCGCUGGGGACGCUGGUCCAUCGGGACCAAGCCAAAUUUCCGCCCAAACAAAUGUUGAGGAACUGGGGCAAGCCUUUUUUGCCGCCCAAGCAAUUGCCGCCCAAGCAAGGUUAGAGGUGGCAGAGGCUGAAGCCGGAGCCGCCCAAGCUGACUUGCAGGUGAGGUUGGCUAAAGCCGCAGCCGCCCAAGCUCAUGCUGAGCAAUUAGAAAUGGCUGUUGCCAAUGCCACACCACUUCCGCCAAAUGAUGAAGAUGAUUUGGAUCUUGAUCCAUCCGCCAGACCCGCCCAAUCUGCCACUGGAGGAACUGAAGCUAUUGGGGGGCUGGGCCUCUAAGCCGCCCAAAGGAAUUACAUAGUUUUUGGAGCUUCGGCUCAGAAUAAAAAGCUCUUUUCUCAGUCUCUAUA